AUGGCACGGAGAGAAGAAGCGUACGAUGAGACAGAAAACAUCCAGAACACGACCUUUAUCAACAUCGAGGACCUGAAGACUGUUGGAAUAAGCGCAGGUGACGUGUCCAAGCUCUCUGAAGCAGGCUACAACACUGUUCAAUCCCUGGCAUUUGCUCCCAGAAAAGAGCUAUUAAGCAUAAAAGGGUUUUCAGAUGCCAAAGUUGACAAACUGAUCAAGGAGGCUGCCAAACUGGUUCCAAUGGGAUUCACCACUGCCACCGAGUACCACACGAAGCGUAAGGACGUGGUCUACGUCAGCACUGGCUCUUCUGAACUGGAUAAGCUCCUAAAUGGUGGAAUUGAAAGUGGCACAAUCACUGAGGUUUUUGGUGAAUUUAGAACUGGAAAGUCUCAGCUGUGUCACACCCUUGCAGUCACAAGCCAACUUCCUCGUGAAUCAGGUGGCGGUGGUGGCAAAUGCAUGUACAUUGACACCGAAGGCACGUUCAGAACGGAACGUCUUGUUCCAAUUGCAGAGCGUCUUGGCCUGGAUCCAAAUGAAGUCUUCGAAAACAUUUCGUAUGCCAGAGCCUACAACUCUGAUCAUCAGAAUAUUCUUCUGAUUCACGCAUCUGCGUUGAUGUCCGAAUCCAAAUAUUCCACGCUCAUCGUUGACUCUGCCACUUCCCUCUACAGAACCGAUUACACUGGUCGUGGAGAGCUCUCUGCUCGUCAGAUGUCUCUUGCUCGCUUUCUCAGGUCUCUGAUGAAUUUGGCUGAAACCUACGGCGUCGCUGUUCUGAUCACGAAUCAGGUCGUAGCCAACGUUGAUGGAGCAGCCUCAAUCUACGGUGGAGACCUAAAGAAGCCAAUUGGAGGCCACAUCAUUGCACACGCAUCUACCACUCGUCUCUACCUCAGAAAGGGACGUGGUGAUACGCGAAUCUGCAAAAUCUACGAUUCGCCUUCUCUUCCAGAGGCAGAAGCCACGUUCUCAAUCACUGAAGGCGGUGUUGCUGAUCCAGAAGAAUAA